GUCAACACCAUAUCAGUCGAAGAGAUCACGUAUUGUAAACUAUCAGAUAUUAUAUCUAAACUGCUCUUGGAAUGGCAAAUCCCACAGCCUCAUCCCGUCUGCUUUUAACCGUCACGCUCUCCACACACACUCCACUCCGUCACGCUCUCCACACAGCGGCAUAGACGUCUCAGCAGUGCGAAACCCUCCACACAAAACUAUUGCAAAUGUCCAUCGCUUUACCUCGCAUCAGAGGAAAAACGCAGUUUUGAUCGCGAAGGGGUCGUUGGUAUUUCCAGAUAUAUAAAAUCCGUUUUUGAAGUUGUUUCUAAUGCAACUCACCGGGAUACGUAAAGCAGGUACAGACCAAUGAAUUUGCUCUGUUUAUUCAUACUUUGCUUUUGUUGUGACUGAAACACGUCGCGAGAUUUUGUAGAACGCUUGGAUUUACUGACAUACCGCGGUCUGGCUGCGCAGCUCUGGCAGUCGGUCAGUGCGAGGCGUCUCUCAAUAUGCAAGCAGCGCUCAGAGAGGAUAGACCGUCAACCGCAGCAACAUCAGUCCCGGCAACGGACUGCAGCAUGUGCGGCAUCUUUUCUGUUCGGAGACCGUAGAACAUAAAGAAAAAGCCAAUAUGGUACCGAAUAAACCCAACAGCAUAAACUCGGGUUGAACGUGAGGAACGGACAUUCUCCUGAGGAAGUUGGCUUAAUACUUUUGCAUAAAAUUAUUUUGAAUCAUCAUUGCAGUUUCUCCUUAAAUGUAUGCACUAUAGAAACAAAUAUGACUGCUAUCAUUCACUGUUACCGGAGCUAAGACUCCGGAAAACAGUUUACUUUUCCCUGUUGCCCAGCGAAGCGUCAUAUUGAACGGAGUAUGGCUCUGGAGGACAAGCGUGGAAAAGGCUUAUCUUUCACACCGAUGGGAAUAGAGGAGAACUCGAUGAGAAACGGGAGAGGCCUCUCAGAUCAAUGGGCCGACAGCGUAGUGGUCCGUCCCAGGACGACCGAGCGGCACAUCACCGUGCACAAAAGACUCGUCCUGGGGUUCGCUGUCUCCAUCCUCACGCUUAUCAUCGUGACCGCGAUCGCGGUGCUGCUCGGCGUCAGGUUCGAGGAGUGCGCGGGGGAGAGCGGCUCCCGCGCCGCCAACGGGUCCGCCACCAAGUUCAACCAGUCCCGGGAUGCAAAUUUCAAUCACAGGGACGAGGACGUCCAGCCGUGGCGACAGCUGAGGUUACCGGCGUCUUUGCGGCCGCGACACUACGACUUAAAGCUUUCAGUUUACAUGGACAACUUCACUUUCUCCGGAGAGGUGAACAUCGAGUUCGAGUGCGUGAAGCCCACCAAGUUCAUCGUACUGCACGCCGACAGGCUGGAGGUAGACAAGGCGGUGGUAUAUUCGGAGAACAAAAAACCGGGUGUCAUACGGAUUCACCGUCAAUUCCACUAUCCAUCGAACCAAGUCUAUGUCAUCGCUUUGCACAGGGAAUUAAAGCCGCUGAGAAUUUACAAAGUUAACAUCACGUUCGAAGCCCAAAUAGAAAAUGAACUUUUGGGAUUUUUUCGCAGCUCUUAUGUAUUGCACGGAGAAAGAAGGUACCUGGCCGUAACUCAGUUUUCUCCAACCCACGCACGAAAAGCUUUUCCGUGUUUCGAUGAACCCAUCUACAAAGCGAUUUUUAAAGUCAGCCUGAAGCACGAAAGCUCGUAUUUGUCUCUCUCCAACAUGCCGGUGGAAUUGACCGUCCCGGACGAAGACGGAUGGGUGACCGAUCAUUUUUUUCGGACUCCCCGCAUGUCCACCUAUUACCUGGCAUGGGCUGUUUGCAAUUUCACCUACAAGGAAACCUUCACCGAUAGUGGUGUGGCGAUCCGGCUGUACGCCAGGCCCAAUGCCAUCGAAAGAGGGUCAGGGGACUAUGCGUUGAACAUCACAAAGAAACUCCUCCAGUUUUACGAAGAAUAUUUCAAGGUGAAGUACUCCCUGCCAAAAUUAGAUCUGCUGGCUGUACCAAAGCAUCCAUACGCUGCCAUGGAGAACUGGGGCCUCAGUGUGUUUGUGGAGCAGAAGAUCCUGCUGGACCCAGAGGUCUCCUCCAUCUCCUACCUGAUGGAGCUCACUAUGGUCGUGGUUCAUGAGAUCUGCCACCAGUGGUUUGGGGACCUUGUGACCCCAGUCUGGUGGGAAGAUGUCUGGCUGAAGGAAGGCUUUGCCCAUUUCUUUGAGUAUGUGGGGACUGAUUUCCUCUUUCCAAAGUGGAACAUGGAGAAGCAGCGCUUUCUGACAGACGUUCUGCAUGAGGUAAUGCUGCUGGAUGGGCUGGCCAGUUCUCACCCAAUCUCCCAGGAGGUGUACCAGGCCACCGACAUCGACAGGGUUUUCGACUGGAUCGCAUAUAAAAAGGGAGCCUCACUGAUCCGGAUGCUGGCUAGUGUCAUGGGCCAGUCAGUGUUCCAGAGAGGCUUAAAUGAUUACCUGCUGACGCACAUGUAUGGCAAUGCAGCACGAGAUGACCUGUGGAACAAGUUCUCUGAGGCAAUGCAAAAGGAAGGGAAAGAUAUCAACAUCACAGAGGUGAUGAGCCGCUGGACGCUGCAGAUGGGCUACCCUGUGGUCACCAUCAGUAAGAACAACAGCCUGGACAACAGCAUAACCAUCACCCAGGAGCACUUCAUCUAUGACAUGGAUGCCAAGAUCAGGGACCGGGAUCUCUCCAAUAUGAGCUUCCAGUGGCAAAUCCCUUUGACGCUUUCCGUGGGAAAUUCAAGUCACAUAUCAUUGGAAUCAAUCAUUUGGGUUUCCAAUAAGACAGAGUCUCACAGAAUCAGCCUGAUGGAUGAAGGGACGUGGUUACUUGGGAACAUCAAUCAGAUGGGCUACUUUAGAGUCAACUACGAUCUCCAGAACUGGAGGCUCUUGAUCGAGCAGCUGAUGAGGAACCCAGAGAUUAUUUCCGUUGGGAACCGAGCAGGCCUUAUUGAUGAUGUCUUCAAUCUUGCCAGAGCGGGGUAUCUGCCCCAAAGCAUACCCAUGGAGAUCAUCUGCUACCUGCCCCUGGAGAGGGAGUUUCUGCCCUGGCACGCUGCCAGCCGCUCCCUCUACCAGCUGGACAAGCUGCUGGACCGCACCGAAGAGUACAGCGUCUUUAGUGACUAUGUGCUGAGACAAGUGGCUUCCAUGUAUCACCGGCUAGGUUGGCCUGUGAGUCCCUCCAACAGCUCCAUCAUACAAGCAGCCUAUCAGACUGAGGAGAUGCAGAGAGAGGUGAUCAUGUUGGCCUGCAGCUUUGGGAACAAACACUGUCACCGACAGGCUGUGUCUCUCAUCUCAGACUGGAUAUCCAGCAAUAAGAACAGGAUCCCCCCCAAUGUGCGAGACAUCGUCUACUGCACAGGUGUGUCUCUGAUGGAUGAGGACGUGUGGGAGUUCAUCUGGAUGAAAUUUCACUCCACCUCUGCCAUCUCGGAAAAGAAGGUGCUGCUGGAGGCCCUCACAUGCAGCGACAACACCUUCCUGCUGAACCGACUCCUGAAUCUGUCUCUGAGUUCGGACCUGGUUCCGGAUCAGGAUGUGAUUGAUGUCAUCAUCCACGUGGGCCGGAAUCCUCAUGGGCGACACUUGGCCUGGAGGUACUUCAGGGAAAAGUGGGACAUUUUAAAUUCCAGAUACGGAGAGGCUUUAUUUAUGAAUUCCAAAUUAAUCAAUGGAGUGACUGAGUUUCUAAAUACAGAGUCGGAACUGAAUGAGCUGCGGGACUUUGUACAGAGCAACAGAGGGGUGGCAGGAGCAGCGCUGUCCCGUGCCCUGGAGAUUGUGGAAGCCAACGUGAGGUGGCACGCCCUCUACCAGCAGCAGUUUUUCCGGUGGCUGCGGAAAUCCCCCAACAGUUAAUUCAUAAUAACUACGGAAAUCUAUGGCGCAUCACCCCUUUGAAACUUUCACACUCCUGUCCAGAGGAGUCUCUGAAAUUCUGAAGAUAGCAUUUGUGAGGACAGAGACAUUUGGAACUAUAAAUGAUGAACUGUUUAUCUUUUUUCUUCAAUAUGAAGUCUGUCUGAAAACAAUGUUAAAUGUAAAAAAAGGACAUGGAAAAGGGUUAAGCCUUUGUUAGCUGCUUAUUAGCAGUUGACUUUGGUCCUGCUUACAUGGGACAAACCAUGGGACUCAGAGUAUUGCAUGGUGUUGAUCAUCUCAUUUUUUUGUGUAUUUUCUGUUUUUUGUGCAUGGUCGUCCACUCCUUCACCAGUUAUCCAGCAUGUUGACUUUGGCUUUUCUCCAGUUCUGCCCCCCACCAUCCAUAGGGUUUCCUAGCAGGAAAGAGAGAGAAAGAGAGAGAGAGAUGGAGAGAGAGAGAGACGGCAAGGAAAUGAGAUGAAUGGAAGAAUUCAGAAUUAUGGUCUGCAACUGUAUUAAGCACAAAUAACUGGUGUGACAAUCAGAACUGUGUUUUCACUAUUCACGAAGAUGAAGUGAGGCUGUCUCCAUUGGGGGAGAAACCUUAAAGCCCCUUGACAAGCCAUACAGAAGCGUGUUGUGAAGGACAGUGUGGCUACCACAAUUGUAUGGUGCCUGCAGUCCAGAUUGUGUUCAGUGUUGUGUGUAACAUGUAUGAAAAUUGCCUAUCACCUGCCACUGCUGUCCUCUAAUGGAGUCACGCCGAUGAUGUUGGUAAAGCACAAUGGUGGGGUAGAAUGGAACCGUAGCGGGUGAUUGAUUUCUGUGUCCUUGCAGGCUGUAGCCAGAAGUCGUUUUGAACUGGAGAGGUUGCUGUAAGUACAAGCGAGGGCAAAGUGACUCUUUUUGACUGGGGAGUUUAAUGUAAUUGCAGGCAGCACAGAUUUUAUCUCCUGACCAUGCUGGGCUAUCUUUGGAUAUACUGUAGCUGUGUGAGAGACGUUUUAGUGUGGUUUAUACUGUACGUGCAUUGGUUUAUAUGUGUGUGUGGACUGGUUUUCAUGGGGCGGCCUGUCAAGGACCAGUCAGGGUGGUGUAAGCCAAUGAAAUGUCAGAAAUAUCCCUUGUUUGGUUUAACAUUGCUUGGUUAGGUAUUUUAGUGAUUCUCCCUUGACUGGGAACUGCUUCAAGUGCAAAACUCUAAUAAGAAUAAAUUCUGACAAUUUCAAAUAUAUGCCAUAGCAACACCAAAACAGUGCAAAAUGGAUUCUCCUAUAAAACAUUUUUGCAAGGGAGCUACCAUCAUGACAUUUAAAGGGCACCUAGAGUAUCUCUAUACAAAUGAAACCCAGGGAAAGAGUUUACCUGGCUACUUCGCAUUUAUAAGUCAGCCUAAUGAGGGCCCAUGGCCUGGUGUGUUCUUGGUCCAGCUACGUGUUUUGUUUGGGGAUUCAAUUUCAUAGAUUCACUUUCAUAGACUUAAUGAUUUAGAAUUAAUUCCAACAUCAAAUUAGGUACACUAGUUAAAUAAUAACUGUAAGGCAACUACUUCAUUCAGAUAACAGCCAUAGGUGCUCCUUUACAGUACUUUGCAAAAAAUGAAGACAGUCUUUAUUAAUAUUCAUAAAGCAACCUGACUGCUUUUAUAUCAUUGACUAACCCUACACUAUGGUAAGAUUUCAGGAUAACAAUUCCUUCCCAUCCCAUUUCAAAUUGUGUUGACAUAAUGGCGUUCUUUUUUCUAAAUGAGAUACAAUAUCUUUUUUUUUUUAA